AUGACGGCGACUCCAGAGCCGACGUUUGACGAAAGGUACCUCAACGAGGCCUUUGCUGUCCUUGACACUGCAGAGUCCCGUGAGACUAGCAAGGAUUCUAACCGUGCUACAGUCGACGAUUUAGAGCAACAUACACACAACAUUACCAGGUCGAGACUUCUCGAUGAUUGUGAAAAUGCGAUCGCAAAUUUGCCGCUGAAUGUUGUAGACUUCUUGCUAGGUGUUUUCGAUCAGAUCUGUGACUCUUUCCUGCCUGCACCACUGUGGCAAGCACCAAGUACGCCAAGUAAGAAAUCACAGAGCGAGCGCAAAGAUCAAGAUGUGGUUCUGCGAAGCUUGAAGAUCGUCUCGGCUGCUAGACUAGCGCUGGCAAGCCAUUCAAGUUCUAAGGAUCAACAGCUGAAAGUGAAAGUGGAAAGACUGUGUCGCGCAGCGAGCAGGUAUCUCGAUAGUGUGCCACAAUAUGAUAGGCUGGAGGAUAUCGAAGCACUACUACUUCUAGCCGAGCUCGAGUACGGCCACAACCAGAAUGCUGCUGCUAGAACAAGGCUGGAAAACGUCGUUACCGCUCUGACUGAAUCAACCCGAAUGCGCUCGGGUCUGAUAUUUGGUCAGAGUGUAGUACUGGUUAGGAGGCGUAAUGCUUUGCGGACUGCCAUGAUGAUGUUGCACUGGUACUUCCACGAAAUUCCAACUCCUCUGCAGGAUCUGAGGGUUGAGCCACGUCCCGAAGAUGACGAGACACCUGCAAGUACAGAGGAGUUAUUUGUGACAUCCCAGCUAAGACUGGCUUCGCUUCAUCACCGACUCAGGAGUUUUCUUGAUGCUCAGCCGUCGGUCGACGAAAAGACAUGGGAAGUUUGUGAGCAAGCAUCAAGUGCGUGGUAUGAUGACUUGAGAAGUCAGUCAAAAGUCCUCGAUAGCUUGACAGAUGAUGCACCAGUCAAUUAUUUUGUCUUUCAUCAGCAAUACCUCACAACAAGAAUAUUGCUGUCGAGGUCGCACGAACGGCUAUACAAGAGGCGGUCUGGCGUCAAGUCUCUUUCUGCCCAGCGAGAGCUUUGGACUUGUCCAGCCAGUGCCAAAAAUGACGCAGUCAGGAUCGCUUCCAGUCUGAGGAAUUAUGGUCAGAAGCAUCGCUUCAGGGAGGCUCCGUUGAGCUUCGUUAACCAUAUUAGUGCUGCGGCUGAUGUUGUCCUGAGCGCAACAGAAGCUGCCAGCGGCGAGGACGAUCGUAAUGCUUACUUGCACGUAUCGAGCUUUCUCCUGGGAGUACUCAAGUACAUGGCUGAGGUGCAUGUCAGAGCUGGAACUUUGGUAGAAGCGGUUCAGGAACGUAUGAACAGUGUAAUUCAACAUGGUCUGACAAGAUCGAACUCGAUAGCCGCACCUUUUGAGGGCACUUCGACAUACGCGAAUGACAGUCAUUUGUGGCAGUGGACUCGGUAUAAUGUCGCUGAAGAAUUUGCACAUGGUGCAGUGUCAUCGGAACCUGAGCGACCACAUAACUUCCCCUCAAGGGAAGACGAGGUGGCCAUUGGCCAGACAGGCGUCGGUUCCUACAAGGCUAUCACCACAUCCCGAGGUUUCUGUCGAGGACUUGAUUACACCAAAAACUUCAUACCAUACGACGAGGGAGGACAGUUCGACGAUUGGACUAGAGGACGAAGAGGAAGUGAUUGGAAACGCGACCUAAACCACAUCAAUGCUGAUUUCUGA